AUGUCGCUUCUAAAAGCCUUACCAUCCAAGGCCCGGAUGGCCGAGGUCAGGAAGCUUCUGGCCCAGAUCUUUGGCGAAACAUGGAACCCGACGAACGUGAGAAACGGUAAUAAGAUCCUAAGGCAACCUUUACGUGGACCUGAGUUGUUGGCUUACUACGGCAACAACGAUGCCAUGCCUACAUUCAAGGAUUUCAAAAGAUGGUUUCCGGAAUUGGACUUGAUCGACCCUAGAGAGGCUGAGAGAGUCAGAAUGGUCAUUGACCGUAAGAAGAGAAAUAAGGGUGCACCAAAGAAGAAAAAGAGCUGA